GUUCUGUGCCCCGCACUAUGAAUGGGACAGGCGCACUACCGCUCCGUGCUACUAACAGCCAGCAGUCGAUCCCGGGGAAAGAAGAGUGAUUUUGUACGGUUCACGGGUCCCCUAUUCCCGUGUAGCGUAGGGAUCGAGUGUUGGCUGUGUUUGGACGUAGCCCAAGGCAACACGUGAAACGCCUUCGUUCCAUUUGCUACUCAAUGUGCCCCCGAUAGCGCCAGUGUGUGUCGCCUUCCCACAUGAGCUCGGUUGGAAAACGUUCUUGAUCGAAAUCCGUUACAAAAUGCGCUCGGGAAUCAGUGCCAGUGGCAGUGGUGGUGGUGGCACAUCGCCAAAACGGCGAACGCAUCUAGCAGCCAAUGGACAACAUCAUAACCAUCAUCAGCAACAUCAGGGUGGCGUUGGAUCAAAGCAGCAUUGCAGCACGGCGGCGGCGGCGGCGGCUGGCAACAGUGCAAAUGAUACAUCGACGCGGCAGUACAGUGAGACCCCGCCGGCCACCGAACUGCCACCAUCGAGCGGUCAGUUUUUCUACAUAUCAAUCAUCAAGCUUGCCCUCGUCAGUCGACUGCUAGUGAUCGCGCUGCAAUUGAUUGCCAACCAGGUGCUGCCAGAUCACGAUGCGGGCGUGUUUGUAGCUCCGCGCGACACUAAAGCCACGGAGCGGCCCCUGGAUGCGUUCGUGCGAUUCGCGUUCGGUGGCCUCGAGCGGUGGGAUGCUCAAUAUUUUCUGCACAUCGCCGAGCAUGGCUAUACGUACGAGAACACGCUGGCAUUCUUCCCACUGUUUCCGUUCAUCCUGAAGAUCGUUGGGACCGCGCUCAUCAGCACCGAUCUCGCGCUGGUGAUCAGCUACCGUGAACUUUCACUCUUGCUGGCAGUGCUGAUGAAUGCACUCUGCUUCAGUGGGGCCGCCUGUGCUCUGUACAAGCUCAGUAAGCUGGUGCUCGGAAGCAACAAGAAGGCGGAAGUCGCCGUGCUACUGUUUUGCUUCAAUCCGGCUUCCAUCUUCUUCACCGCUCCGUACACCGAGAGUCUAUACGCGUGGCUCUCGUUCGUCGUGAUGUACCAGUGCAUCGAAGAUGUGAACUCGAUCUUCAUCACGAUCCCGCUCAGUCUGUCGCUGCUAUGCCGUUCGAAUGGAUUGAUGAAUGUCGGGUUCGUGCUGUACUUCGUAGCACGGCGCAUCGUCGCCCAGUACAACUUCCACAACAUCAUCUGCAUCUGUUCCCGGCUCUUCACCGUACUAAUGAUCGUGCUGUUCCACUACGGGAUCGCUCAGGUGUACAACUAUUAUCUCUUCUGUUUCGAGCAAAAGUUCAACUUUCCACAGCACGUUCGAACGUACGCGGCCGAACAUGGACUGGUGUUGGCCGGAAACAAAACGGACGAUUCGUCACCGUGGUGUACCAGCAUGCUACCGUUGUCGUACUCGUAUGUCCAGAGCCACUACUGGAACGUUGGUCUACUGCGCUACUACGAGCUAAAGCAGCUGCCAAACUUCCUGCUUGCCCUACCGGCCAUCUAUCUCACGUUGAGCAACUCAUAUCACUACCUGCACGAGCACUGGGAUUACGCGCUCCGGCUCGGAUUGUUCCGAUUGUCCAAGAAACAGCAGAAAACGAUGCGUCCGUACGAUCGUUUGGCGCUGGUAUUCGUCGUUCAUGCCGUAGUGCUGACCAUUUUCUCGUUGCUAUUUGUGCACGUGCAGGUCACUACGCGGCUUCUCUGCUCAGCCAGCCCUGUCCUGUACUGGUACGCCGCCGAAUACUUUACCGGUGAGCGCACCUUUAUCAGACGACAAGUGAUCCGGAAGCUUUCGAAGCAGGUUAAAGAUGGCGAUGAUGGUAGCUGCACGCACGUGCUGAACCACGUUGAUGUGAGCGAUCUGCUUGAUAUAGGCUGCAUGAAUCGCUAUCAACAGGCGAUUCUGUUGUACUUUAUUGGCUAUGCCGUGAUCGGCACGGUACUGUUUAGCAACUUUUUCCCUUGGACCUAGAGGGCCCCCGAAUCCGGCUGAUCCUUCUUCACAACAAGCCAAUGGUGGUAGCUCCCUGUUAGCGAAGAAAAAAAAACCUCAAAGAAAACAAUGUUGAUCAUCUAACACACUAGUCUUGUUCUUAAUACUUGCAUCUCGUGCCUUUCGCUCUACAAAACUAGAAUGCCAAAAAGCAAAUAACAAACAUACUAAAAAGAACCAAUUCGUGAAGAGAAGAAUGGGCAGCAACGCUUGCUAUUCGUUUGGGAAAUGAAAUGUGAAACAUCUGUCUCCUUCUUUUCGGAGCUUUGACUUCCCGCGGAACCGAACGCAAAAAAAGCCAAAUUUAAUUCUUAGUAAGCUGUAAGCGUAGUAACCAAUUGGUGCAAUUCGGUUAGAUCGAUUUAUUCGACAUAAAUUGCCCUGUAGAACAAAGGGGAAUAUCAUUUGAUUAAGACUGUGUUUCAAACAAUAAGUAAGAACCUGGAACUAAAUUGCUCUCCUUUCCUCAUACUCAAG